AUGGCGCAACCUACGCAGGAAUUGCCACCGUGGUUUACCGCGUCUGUGGACACGCUGCUCGGCGCGGAUGGUGUGCCAUUUACGACCUCAACAACACUUCUAUUUCUGCCAUUAACUUAUUACGGACCAAGCAUUCCCCUUGGUCCCGACUGGACAUACGGAGGCUUAACGUCUCCCGCAUCCACCUCCUCUACCCCUAUCUCCACUGCGACACCCACUAUCACAGCGACACCCACACCUACAGCGACACCCUCCGAAUCCAUAACAUCUUUUCCAUCUUCAUCAUCUACUUCCAAUGUUAUCACUCUUUCAACGGCAUCUACAUCUGAUGUAGCACCCACGCCAACGAUGGCCUCUGCCUCACGAGGCACCCCAAGCUUGAUCGGCAUCAUUGUCGGCUCUGUCUUCGGGGGGAUUUUCCUUCUUUUCGUCCUAGCACUCUACAUCUGCCUCUCACGUCGGAAACACAGAACAUCGCAACCACGGUUCAGUUUCGUGGAUCCGUCCGACGAUGAGUUCUACGUCGUCGGUAGCAACGAUCUCCCCCCGCGCAGACCAGGAAGCGGAUCCCCCAGAGAGAGUGGCGAUGAGAUAGAUCCGUUCCUAACACAACAGCGCUCACAACCACAGAUAGAGCAGACUGGCCCUACCGUUGCUCUUGUAACACCUAGACGGCGACAACCUGCUGUGGCACCGCCCUCCGGCAAUCUCCCUCAGAACCGACCAGUAUCUGGCGCACAAACCAUGAGCUCCGUAGGCAGUGGCACAUCCGGCUCGAAUUCUGGAUAUGGGACUUUGGUUGACGUUCCGACGCUUGCGAUGGCUGCCGGGCUUGCUGGUGGCGCUUAUGCUCAGGAUAAUGACGACUCAGCGGCUGAAUAUUAUCAACGUCGGGGCCCCAUAUUGACCCCUGGAGAAUUGUCGCGGUUGGACGAGGAAACGAGCGAGGCGCGUCAUGAAGAGGCGAGGGGAUAUUCACCGUUGAUUCCGCCUCCGCCUUUGAAUCCUGAUCAAUUUGGCGUUCGUGGCGCAUCCGCUACUUCGCUGCCUCGCCCGGGUACUCCGGCCUUCCUCUCAGACGUUCCUCCUCAGACUUCGCAAGGCUCUUUAGACACUAAACGGUCUUCAUAUCCCGUUGACGCCGAUGAAGCCAACACGGCCACCGUCUUGACAGCUCGCCGCGUUAGAGUAGAAGACCUCGGUCCACGCUCACCACUGUCAGAGAAAUCAGCAUCGCCCCAGUCACCCUCGGUGCCUCUGCUUGCUGACAACGAAGCACCUCGACGACGGGGCAGCGGUGCCUGGUUAGCGGGGCUUGGAUUGGGCAGUUUGGCGGGGAGUCUUGGGCGGCUGAGUUGGUUCAAAGGAGACUCUUCUGCCCGUUCGUCAGCGCAAUAUGCUGGUCCUUCGACACGUCGGCCGUCAGAAUACGUUCCCAGGGCGUUGAGCGAUGAUGAGUACGAAGCGGGGCAUGCUGAGCUGCUCGAUCCCGAGAAGAACAACGAGGAUGCAGGCCUCUUGCACCCUACAGCCCGGAUGGCGGAGGUUGGGAGGGGCGUAGAGGGCGACAGGCCUAUAUCCAGCGUCAGCGCGAAGAGUGCGGCGUCAGGGACCACCGUCUAUCACGACGCCCAGUCAAGCUUGGGGAACUCCAGCAGAGGCGUACCAUCGCCUGCACCGCCCUCGCGGCCAACGCCUUCCCCUCCUGCCGUCCCCGUGCCCCGUUCGCGCACUCCACAUAGCCAAGGGCAACGCAACUCGGGCUACUACGCACGCGAUUCUGGGUAUGGAUACGGUCAACCCGAGUCCGCUUCACAAGACCCACCGUCAUAUAAUGACUCGAACAGUAUAAAUCCAUCACCUAGAGCUUCGUACCCAGGGGCUACGGCGAUAGCACUGGACGCACCCCUCCUUGCACCUCCUCCUUUGCAUACAUCGCCGUACGAUGACCCUAUCUCUCCUGGUAUAGACAUCUUAGACCUCCCAGCACCAUCGCCGCUACUCCCUCAUCAUCGUAUAGCCACCGUUGGACCAAUCACCCUCCGUGCAUCCGACUCCGCUGGUGUACUCUCAUCGACAACCUCGGACGGCGACGGUGAUCGAAGCGUGCGAAUUAAGGAGGGGUUGCUCAUGCCCCCGGGUCUCUGGCAAGAUACGUCCACCAUCACAUCGGGCAGCGGCCGCGAUACUGAAGGCGAGGCCACGAGCACGGGCACGCGCGGGGGCAUGGACACGCCAUCGUUUGGAUCGCUUGCUUUGCAGAUGCAGGCGCACCAUCAUCAGCGGUUGGCCAGUGCCGCAGCAGGUGCGGGCGGUAAUGGCGGGGGAGGCGGAGGAGGGGAUGAGGAGGGGAUUUCAAUUGAUGUGUUGGAGGAGCUACCGCCAAGUGCUGGUGAAGGAUGGAGAUCCCUCGCUCAAGCACACGGAGCCUCCGCCGCCGCCGGUCGAUUCUACUCCGACUUCGAACGUAGACGGACGUUUGGAAUGCCUCCGCACGCACAUAUAAUACACCCUCAAUCACUCACCAUCUCCGAACAAGGCUCCCUGCACUCAAUGCGCUCGCACCUCUCGCCUCAAAACUCCAUCGCCGGGUCGGGCCGCUCCUCAGGCUCCGCACCCGCCUCCGCCUCCUCCGCCUCGCAUUCCAACAACUCGCACCUGCACCUGCACUCCCCGCGCCAAACGCGCGGCCAGCGCCUCUUCGGCUCCACCAACUCGAACUCCUCGCACUCGCAUUCCUCCUCGUCGCGGUACAUGCACGAUCAGAACGACGGGUCGAUGCUCUCUACCCAGGGAAGCUUCGUCAGAAGCCGACCUGGCACAGGAGGAGGAAGUGUGUUGAUCUCGCCGGCGCUGUCGGCGUUUGGGCAUGGGACGCUGUCGGAUGAGCAUUACUCGCCGCCGCUUUCACCACUUUCGCCCCACUCGCCAAUGUCACCGGCGUCGCCGACGCUGUCGCCUCUUUUGUCAAGUUCGCCGGGGCUUGCGAUGCCGCAGCAGGCGUAUCAUCAGCGGAGACCUAGUACCGCUCCAGCAGGCAUUGGUGGAGUUGGGGUUGGUGUAGGGACUGGCCUGACGGUUGAAAAUGCACAGCGACAGAGGAACGGUGAUAGACCUGCGAGUCCUCCCUCUUCAAUCGGGAUCGGGAGUGUACCAUGGGCGGGUGGGUUAGAUCAUGAUUGGACUCCGGCUGCUUGA